AUGCGGUUCAAAAACCGUCAAGUCCGCCAACUACUCAUCGGUGCCGUCGCUGGUAUCGCCGAAGCGCUGUCCAACCAGGACAGCUACAACUGCUUCGACGCGCCGACCAAGCUAAACCACAACCGCAUGUGCAACAUCGGCGACAGGAUCAACGUGAACCUGCCUGAAGGCUCGAUUUUUGUGCGGGUCAGAGGCUGGACUAACGACGGCGCUUUUAGGUGCUGUAAGUCCCAGGAUGCAGUGGGCAUGGUCAUGGCUAAGAUGUCGCCUGAGAUGCUUGAUGUGUGGCCGCAGUGGAGGAACCCUGGCUUCCGUAGUGAGAUUAACUGCCUUGGGGGGUGCUAG